CAGGGUAAAGCUGCCUGAAAAUGAUGCUUUUCGCACGCGGACAGUUUUUUGUGAAGGAUUUAUCGCAAAAAAUAAAUUAAUAAAUAAAUAAAUCCACAGAAAAGCCGCAUAGUUCAAAGCGUGGGAAAAAAAGUAGCGGUGUAUAGUCUGGAAAACACGGUAAUUGAAAAUGAAAGUCACAUAUGAGCGACUAGACAUUUGACAGUCGUUUGAAGAAUCAGACAGAAAGUGGUCGGAAGUUUCAGGUCUUUUUGUUGCUGCAGUCGCGGAGCAGACUGUCAGUGAAUGCACCGUUUACAGUGUGUCAGAGGCAACUCAUCAGGUGUGAACAAUGACCUUCAGGACUCCUAAAGAGAAGAAAGCGACUGUGGCGACUGUGUCGUCUGAGAGCACGUGUCCUCCGUGGAUUAGCUGGUGUUGCUACAGGUUCUUGUGGGUGUUGCUGAACCCUCUGUUUGUCGGGGUUUUUCAGAUCAUGACGGGCAUGUUCAACAUCGGGCUUGGUCCUGGACGAACCAGCACUCAUCCUGAUGAUGUGGUCUACCUGGGAGCUCCGUACUGGCUGGGUGGUGUGUACUUGGUGACUGGAAUCACGACGGUGACUGUCGUAUGUGGCUAUUGGUACUGCCGGACCUUGUCAGUGAUCAUGAACAUUAUCAGCUGCAUCUGCGCCACCGUCGGCAUCGUGCUUUACGCCUGGGACCUCAGCGACACAUCGUUCCUCCAGAUGUGUGUGAGCGAGUACGAUGCUCUGAACACCCAGGACAACUGCUCGUAUGUGGCCUCCAUCGCUCAGAGACUGUUGACAGGGAUGGACGUGACUUUGGUCGUGGUGGCUAUUCUGCAGCUGUCACUCAGCAUCAGCUUCGUGGUUCGAUCCCUCUCUCAGUCUCUCUGCAGUCGGAAGGAAAAAGGAGGCAUCGCGGAUGCUGAGGUUUACCAGCCAGUGUUGCAGGAAGUCCUCAUGACCAGUCCUGGUGCUUAAAACCAACUCAACCAAACUAUAUCCUGCAUUCACAUAUGUAAUCAUUUCAAAAUAAAAAAUAAACUUUUAAUACUAAUCAGCAGAAGAUGAUUAAACACUGGAUGCAGUUAUAAUAAAUAAAUAAAUUGAGUAUUUACUCAGUUCAGUUAAAUUUUUUUUAAAAUUUUUUCUUGUGAAUGAUCUUUUAAAGUGGCUGAAUAAAAACUUUUUAAAUUCA